AUGAUCGCGUCCUCGGCGCGCGGCCCCCACGUGACGCGUGUAUAUAUACAGGGGGCAGCCGUCACCCCGACUCACUCCCUAACUCCUCACCGUGUCGCUGUUAGCCAUGACUGCCACUUCGGUGACGCCUCGCCGCCUCGCCUGCCUGCUCCUGCUCCUGGGGGUGGCGGGAAGAGGCUGGUGCCAGACGCUGCUCGACCCGGAGCCACGCACCUGCCGAACCCAGGACAACGCCGCGGCUGCCGCGAGCACGGAGGGGCACCGCAACGAGUACCCGGCUGGCGGGGUGCUGAUGGUGCUGGCCAACGUGCCGGCCGGACUCUUCGGCUCCCUCGAGGUGUUCCUGUGUCCCGACGGCGAGGCGCAAGUGGAGUGUCUGGACAGGUGGCAGGAGGAGGCUGGGGCCAGACGCUGCUGGACCCUGAGCCACGCGCCUGCCGCACCAGGGACGACGCCGCUGUCUCCGCCGAGGCUGCCGACGAGCUCUACCAGGGGCGUCGCAACGAGUACCCGGCUGGCGGGGUGCUGAUGGUCUUGGCCAAGGUGCCCGCCGGUCUCUUCGGCUCCCUAGAGGUCUACCUGUGCCCUGACGGUGAGGCGGAGGAGGAGUGUCUGGACAGGGUGCCGCUGCAGCUGGCGGACGGCUCCGGCACCAGCUUCGACCUGCAGAAGGUUGCCGUGGCCGACAAGUACGAAGUGCCGGUCAUUCUGCCUGAUGGCGUCACCUGCCCGACCUGCACCCUCCAGAUGCGCGUGGUGAGCCGCGGCUGUGAGGACGAGGCGGAGUGCCCCCCGACGGAGGAAGUCACCUGCGCCAACCUCACCGUCAGGGAGAUCAAAUACUCUGAGAAGCGUCUGUUCGGCCUGCUGGCGGGCUUCCUGGGGUCACUCUUCCGCCGCCGCCGCCACCACCACAAUUACGAUGACUGACGCCACGAGGAGCAGCUUAACAGCCGCAGCCUCGUCCUCCUGCCACGCCUGCAGCGGCCUUGCCCUCACAGAGUGAGUCGCGGGGACUGGCCAGGUGUUGCAAGGCUGGUGGCGAGGCGCGGGGGCUCGGCUCGUCUGCAUGUGGUUCCCUGCUCACUGGUCCACACCUUGCACAAUAAAUCAUCAGCAUAA